AUAGCUUUUGAAGCAAAGGGUAAUCUUUCAUUAAACCUAGCUUCAACAAUCUCUUGCUUUUUGGCUAUGGCUUUCAAUCUCUAAAUUCAAGAGAAAACUGAAAAAUCCGUAAAAGGUUUUUGUUUUGUUUCUUUUAGUUUAGAUUUUAGGGUAUUUCAAUGGGAGGUGAUUGUUGUUCGAGUUCGAGUUCAACGAGCGGAGAGAAGCAAAAGGUGCAAGGCGGCCAGCAACAACAGCAGCAAAAGGAGAAACCAUUCAGAGGGAUAAGGAUGAGGAAGUGGGGGAAAUGGGUGGCUGAAAUCCGAGAGCCGAACAAGCGGUCCAGGAUUUGGUUGGGUUCUUACGUCACGCCGAUAGCCGCCGCUCGUGCCUACGACACUGCCGUCUUCUACUUGCGUGGACCUUCGGCUAGGCUCAACUUCCCUGACCUUAUAUUACAAGAUGACGAUGAACUUAGGUACAUCUCCCCCGCUUCCAUACGCAAGAAAGCAACCGAGGUCGGCGCUAAAGUUGACGCUCUACAAACCGGCUCACUUCAUCAACAUCAUCGUCACGCUUCUACUUCAUCGGAAUCAUCGAACCCCGGUCUAGUCUUCUCAAAGCCUGAUUUGAACAAGUGCCCUGAAUCCUCCGAUGAAGAUUGAAAUGAUAUAAAACAAAACAAAAAUAAUAAUAAUCAAAAUCAAACUGUUCAUAAACAUCAGGACUUUGUUUUUCUUUAUCUUUUUUAUUCGCUCAUGGAAUAGUAAGUGCUCAGAGAAUAGAAUCAAUAAAAAAAAUGAGUUGAUUCUAUUUGAU